AUGGCCUGGAAGGACAAGCACAAUCACACAGUGCUGAAAGAAUUCAUUCUAAUGGGAAUCACAGACCGCCCUGAGCUGCAGGCUCCAUUAUUUGUGCUCUUCCUCAUCAUCUACAUCAUCUCAGUGGUGGGCAACUUGGGCAUGGUCAUCCUCACCAAGAUGGACUCCAGGCUACAAACCCCCAUGUACUUUUUUCUCAGACAUCUGGCGUUCAUUGAUCUUGGUUAUUCAACAGCUGUGGGACCCAAAAUGUUGGUAAAUUUCGUAGUUAAUCAAAAUACAAUCCCCUAUAAUUGGUGUGCUACACAGCUAGCUUUCUUCAUCUUGUUUAUCAUUAGUGAACUUUUCAUUCUGUCAGCAAUGGCAUAUGACCGCUAUGUGGCCAUCUGUAACCCUCUGCUCUACACAGUUAUCAUGUCACACAGGGUAUGUUGGGUGCUGGUAGCAGUCCCCUAUCUCUACAGUGCCUUUGUUUCUCUGAUAACCACCGUAAAGAUUUUUAUUUCCUCCUUCUGUGGCUAUAAUGUCAUUAGUCAUUUCUACUGCGACAGUCUUCCCUUGUUAACUUUGCUGUGCUCAAGCACACGUGAAAUUGAGUUGAUAAUACUGAUCUUCUCAGUAUUUAAUUUAGUUUCAUCUCUUCUGACAGUCCUUGUAUCCUACAUCCUGAUCCUUAAGGCCAUCCUCAGGAUGAACUGUGCAGAGGGUAGGCACAAGGCCUUCUCCACCAGCGGGUCUCACCUGACAGUGGUAGUUGUAUUAUAUGUGACUCUAUCCUUUAUGUACGUGCAGCCCAAGUCCAGUCAUUCCUUUGAUACUGAUAAAAUGGCCUCUGUAUUUUACACUUUGGUAAUACCCAUGCUGAAUCCCAUGAUCUACAGCUUGAGGAACAAAGAGGUAAAAGGUGCCCUUCAUAGGAUAUGGAAAAAUCUGUGA